AUGGGUAAUAGACUUUCAAAUCCAGGAAAUGGCCCACGUAGGAUAAGAGAUUAUGUUAUCGACGAAGGGGAAAUUGAUAGACUACAGGUCCAACAUCACAUUUUUCGCACACUAUGGGAAGGCAAUUUUAAAGCACCUGUAGAAGAAAUACUCAACUCAGGUAAUGCAAGGGUAUUAGACGUUGGAUGCGGAACAGGAACUUGGGCGUGUGAUGUCAUUUCGGAUUUCCCAAUGUGUCAUAUCACAGGAAUCGACAGAAGUGAGCUUCUGUUUCCAUACCAACCACCUCAAAACGUGAGAUUUCAAUGUGUGGAUAGUUACCUCAAGGGUUUGUCCGCUUUCAAUGAUAACUCAUUUGAUUAUCUGCACAUGAGACUUUGUUGGUCUCAUUUUACGCGCGAUCAGUGGCGCAACACUAUAUUAUUGGAGUUAGCAAGAGUGAUUAAGCCUGGUGGAUGGUUGGAGAUUGUAGAUUUUUCAGUGGAUGCACAAAACAUGGGUCCGGCAACGGCACAAUUCGUGCAAACAAUAUUAGAACAAUCUCGGUUACAAAACCUUGAUCAUCAAAUAAUUCCCAGUCUUCCAAACUUACUACGAUCCAUUCCAAGCCUUUCUCCACAAGUCCACCACCAAAUAAGAUUGUUGCCUUGCGGAUCAUGGGACGUCGGUCUCGGGACUUGUUAUGAGAAUAUAUCGAGAUCUACUUUGUCAAAAUCUAUUGAAAACUUACCCCCCGAAAAGGCACAAGAAUAUAGAGAAAUGUUUGAAAAUAUAUUAGAGGAAAUCCGCCUGUAUCGAACCUCUGCAAUAUGUCACAGAAUUUUUGUACAAAAAGGUACAAAUAAUAGUUCAAACAUUGCUGUAUAG